AUGCUAUUGGGUUUCAGCCUCGAUAACAGCGACUUCAUGACAGGACUGCGCGUAUUGCCAGAUAAGUCUGUCGAAGCAUCUGGCACAAGAACAGGCUGCUACUGCAUCACCUCGCGACUUUUCUUAGACAUGUCUGCGCCAAGGCAGGUUCAGAUGGAUUCCAUCGACGAGACCCAGGUGAUCGUACACCAUGCUUGCUGCUGUUGCUACGACGGCUGCGUCCCAGAAUGCAACAACAUCGGCUGCGCUGCGCAGAAGACUCUCCUGUGCUGUGAAGCUGACAUUUGCUGCAAGACCGGGACACCAUUCUUGUGCUGCGGAUGCUGUGCCCUCCGCUGUGUGGCCCCUACGACCUGCUGCAAGGUGCAAAGCCAGAUGUGUUGCUGUGUGGCUGGAUCUGCUCUCCCUCCGGACUCCGAAGUGCCCUGCAUGGUGAACAUGUGCUUCCUCAACUGCUUCCCCAAGCUCGGCAUCUGCGUCAGCCUCGGGGACAUGAAGAAGGGGGCCUCCAUGCAGUUUCAGUCAGAGAGCUCACAAUCCUCUUGA